GCGGGCACUUCCGGUACGGGAGAAGAGAGUUCCGGGAGGGUGCUGGAAGGAGAGCGAGAGACAGAGAGACGGCGGCGGCAGCUGGAGGAUGAAGAAGGAGCAUGUGUUGCACUGUCAGUUCUCUGCGUGGUACCCACUGUUCCGAAGCCUUACCAUUAAGAGUGUCAUUCUUCCACUUCCUCAGAAUGUGAAGGAUUAUUUACUUGAUGAUGGAACUCUGGUGGUUUCAGGAAGGGACGAUCCACCACCACGUUCUCAGCCAGACAGUGAUGAUGAGGCAGAAGAAAUACAGUGGUCAGAUGACGAGAACACGGCCACACUUACGGCACCGGAAUUUCCUGAGUUUACCACCAAAGUCCAAGAAGCUAUCAACUCCCUGGGGGGCAGUGUAUUUCCUAAGCUUAACUGGAGUGCGCCAAGGGAUGCGUACUGGAUAGCAAUGAAUAGUUCUCUGAAGUGUAAAACCCUCAGCGACAUCUUUCUACUGUUCAAGAGUUCUGAUUUCAUCACCCGUGAUUUCACUCAGCCAUUUAUCCAUUGUACUGAUGACUCCCCAGACCCUUGUAUGGAAUAUGAGCUUGUUCUUCGAAAAUGGUGUGAAUUAAUUCCCGGGGCUGAGUUCCGAUGUUUUGUCAAGGAAAAUAAGCUUAUUGGUAUUUCUCAAAGGGACUACACACAAUACUACGAUCAUAUUUCUAAACAAAAAGAAGAGAUUUGCAGAUGCAUACAAGACUUCUUCAAGAAACACAUACAAUAUAAAUUCCUGGAUGAAGACUUUGUAUUCGAUAUAUAUAGAGACAGUAGGGGGAAGGUGUGGCUCAUCGAUUUUAAUCCAUUUGGUGAAGUAACAGACUCUUUGCUCUUUACUUGGGAAGAACUGAUAUCUGGAAGAAACUUAAAAGGUGAUUUUAGUGAAGGAGAUGCUCUGGAGCAGGAUUCUCCAGCUUUCCGUUGCACAAACAGCGAGGUCACAGUCCAGCCCAGUCCCUAUCUGAGUUACCGACUGCCCAAGGACUUCGUGGACCUCUCCACUGGGGAAGAUGCUCACAAACUCAUUGAUUUUCUUAAACUGAAGAGAAAUCAACAAGAGGAUGACUGACUGGCAUGCCAGAGCUCAAGACUGGGUUGAGGAGUAGACCGCGUCCUUCAGGAGGUGUCCAUGGUCUGCAACUCUGUUGACCCAGUCGGGUGGAGGUGGGGCGGGCAGUGUGGAAACCAAUAGCUUUCUAUAUUCAUGUAUAUUAAGCUGGGAAAAAAACGAGGGACUUUGCUAUUUGUAAAAAUAACAUAAUAAAUAGAUCUUAAACAUAGGAAACCGUACUGUUCUGAUGAUAAAAUACUUUCUAUGAAA